AAAGGUAAACAAUGUGAAUUUAAAUAUGUCCAGGAUAAGAUUGUGUUAUCAGUAACACUUGCUGCUUCGCCGCCAUUUUUGUUAUUCGCUCUCAGCUGACGACCGGUUCGUACAAGAAAUUCUUAAGGCAAAUAAUGGAUGUAAUUGUAAUUGGAUGCGGUGCGUCGGGCAUUGCGGCUUUGCGAAAGCUCCACGAUGCCGGUUUAAAGGUACUGGGGUUAGAAGCUGACGAUAGAAUCGGGGGAAGAAUUAAGACCAUUCAAUAUGGAGACUGCUAUUUAGAUCUUGGCGCUGCUUGGUGUCAUGGCGAAAAGGACAACAUAGUCUUUGAAAUGGCGAACCCUUUAGGCCUUUUGGGACGCCCUAAACCUGACCAUAAAUGGUACGUGCUGUCAAACGGAGAAAUUCUCAAAUCGGACUUGAGUGAAUCUAUCAUUGGCGCUUUGGAUGAGGCUGUAGCGAAAGCAGAUAAGAAUACAAGCCAAUCCGUUUCUGAAUGUGUUAGAAAAGCAGUGAAAACCAACCCCACGCUGACAAAGGAUGCAAAGCUAUCCCAUUCCUUUCUAGAAUGGUUUGAGAAAAAUAACCAUGUCGGAGGCCAAACCGACCCUCUACAUGGCAAGUCGUUGAAGGGCUUAGAGGAGAGUUGGGGAUGUGAAGGCGAAUUCAUGUUGAACUGGAAAGGAAGAGGGUACAGAACCAUAUUGGAUUUGUUAUUGAACAAAUAUCCCGAUCCCUCAAAGGAAUUGCCCAUUCAAAUCAAUUUUAAGAAAGAAGUGGAGACUAUAAAAUGGCGGUCACCUCAAGCUGGCAACCCUUUGGUGCAUGUUAAAUGCAAGGACGGAAGUCUGUAUUCCGCUAAGAGUGUUAUUGUUACUGUAUCUUUGGGAGUUUUGAAGGAUAGACACAAUCAACUAUUCAAACCACAAUUACCAGCUGAAAAAAUAAACGCAAUUAACAACCUGCAACUUUGCGUGUUGGACAAAAUCUAUAUCGAAUUUACCAAACCUUGGUGGCCCGAAACACCCGGCUGUUUCACAAUUCUAUGGCGGGAGGAAGACAAAGCAAAAUUUAAUAAAAGCGAACAGUGGAUUACAGAAAUUUCUGGGUUCAAUACCGUUGAAUACCACCCAAAUGUUUUGCUUGCCUGGAUUUAUGGUGCUGCAGCUGAGAAAAUGGAGAAAUUGACCGUUGAUGAAGUGAAAGUUGGGAUCGAAAAGCUUUUGAGUGUGGUUUUCAAGAAGGGCUUUAAUGUAGCUCCCGUGAAAUGUGUUACUCGAACGGAGUGGGCCUCAAAUGUUCUUGUAAAGGGUUCGUACUCCUACCGCAGUGUUGCUAAUGAAGAAAAAGGCGGCAGUUCAAUUACCUUAAGUGAACCUUUGUAUUAUGGGGAAAAUUUCCCAAUUGUUUGUUUUGCGGGUGAAGCGACUUCCCACCAUAGAUUUUCUGCCGCCCAUGGGGCUGUAGAGGCAGGUUUUAGGGAGGCAGACAGAUUAAUUGCCAGUUUCAAGAAAUAAUAUCAUCGUAACAUCGUAUAUGUUAUCCUUCAAUACUUGUGUCUAUUCAAUUUUACUUUAAGUAUGCUUUCUUUAUGAUUAUCUUAUUAUAAAUAUAAAGCCUUCAAUAAUUUUUCUUUAAAACCAGCUUCAUCCCUUACAAAUUUUCCUAUUUUUUGAAGAAAAAAAAAAGGUAUAAGUUUAAUAUUUUACGAGUACUUCAUAUUUAUACUACAGAUUCCUAAUAUUCUUCAAACCCUAUUUUCAUAAAAUACAAAUCUUUUGAUAAUUUCAGUUUGGUUUUAUUACACUCUUAAGGCGAUCCAAUUAUGUUAUUAAGAUGGGACAUUAUUUUAUUGUUAAAAAUGAAAUUGGUUAGGAAUCAAACCUAGGGUAGAAUAAUUCUCAUAAUGCUUAGUUAGUAUGAUCUACGCAUUAUAUCAAAAAUGGGAUAUUAAUUGAUUUUGUCAUUUAUUACGUAGACAUUUUAUUCCUCAAAUACAUUUUUGUUGUUAUAAACGAUUUU